AUGGACUCACAGGAGGUAACCGUGGUGUUCAGGCCGCUCAACAACUGUCUUGUGAACCUGCCGGCGCCCCUGAUCAACCCGUUUCUCGCCAACAACAUACUUAUUCAGAACAUUGCAGUGGAGCUCAACUUCCGUCCCAGUGGAGGAAAGAAGGACGCGAAGUGGCUUGUUGGCUGGAACGGCUAUUUUUCGGGCGAUCCGAAAACCAUCGAGAUUGACUCUGUCUACGCGAGCUCCAUUGGGCUUCGCGAGUCGAGGAAAGUCGUCAUUCGUUUAUCUCUCUCGCUGCCCAAGAUCCAGUCCGUCGAACUAGAGCCUGAAACAAGCGCUGACUGGGAGCUGACCGAAAUGUAUGCCCAGACGGUCGAGGAUCGAUUUUUGAACCAGGUCAGAUGCGCCGUUCUGGGCCAGAAGCUCGCCGUGUACCCCAGCUCCAGCCCCAACAAUGUGAUCAAGUUUGUGGUGAAAAAAAUCACAUCAGAAACAGAUGAGAUCGAGCGCGGAAUCCUGGCGAAUGAUUCCGAGCUGCACAUCAUUCCCAAGGCGCACAGACGCGAGAAGCAGCCGAGCGACGGGUCCUCGCGACGCCGACGGUCCGUGUCUGGACGUCGCUCCUCACAGUUUGACACUGUGCCCUCCUGUCUUUUGCGCUCGAUUUCUCUGCCGCAUAAAACUUUCCAGCAUGUUAGCCACUCGUCCGAAAACUACGCAAUAUACGUCAACCUGGACCAGGACUUCGUCAACCACCAGUUCAAAUCCAUAAAAUACGCGCAGGUGUCUGUGGUCACGGGACCGGGAACGCCUGCAAAAGCCAGCUCCGUGGCCGAGCAAACGAAAACUCACGACACUGACUCCUCAGGCAGCUCAAGAAAUAACUCGUCGUCUGUGGUUGACCAUAAAAGCGUCAACGGCUCGGUUGCACAACCCGACCCAGAGCAGCGGAAAGUAAUAGCCGUACUGGUGGACGACCCACUUGCUCCGCGGCGCAGUGCCGGGGUCUCGCCUCUGCUGGCUAUUGCACUCGGUAUUGAGCACCGGUGCGGAGAUAUGGUCUGUAUCGAGGCUGCUCCGCAAAAAUACGGCACGGACGUACACACGGUUGUUCUGCACAAGAUUGUCACACAAACACCGCCCGUGAACGAGCUGGCCUUCAGACAGGACCAGAACCGGCAUUUGAAGCAGGCAGAAUCAAAAAAGGCGCUGAGUGCCAAAUUCCAAGAACACUUCAAACGGCUGAAUUUCACAAACUGUCCAAUCACUAACGGCAUGAAAGUGCCGAUUAUACCCGACCUGCUACCCCACGGAGGGUUUCUGGAGCUGAGAGACGGCUGCCAAUGGGCCCUGCUAGGCGAGAAGCUGCCAAUUUUCGAGCUAGGCGACGAUCGACUGCAACCGCAAUCGUUUGUGGAAAGACAAGACGAGCCAAAAGACCUGUCGGUCGUUGGACACAAGGAGCUUAUUGCCAGGCUAGUCAGAUCCGUCAGAUAUGGGCAUAACUGUGUUCUUUCUGGCGCGUCGGGAUCGGGAAAAACGACGCUGAUCAGUGAGGUUGUGCAUCGCCUGAUAACGCUGCACGGAUACUAUUCCAAAACUAUCAACUGCGAGACCGUCUCAAACGACAAUUUCCAUGCAAUUAAAACUACGCUGGACGACGCUAUCAAGGAAGCCAACUGGCACGCGCCAUCUCUGCUUGUCUUUGAAAAUUUAGACUCUCUUAUUCCUCAGGAAGUGGAGCACGGAGACUCUGGGCUGAGCAGGCAGGUGAGCGAGCUUAUGGUCAGCUCGCUGAAAUCUCUUACACGGGAACGUGAGAUAUCGCUCUUAUGUUCGUCGAAGUCGAAAGAAGCGCUGAACGCAACGGUUUUCCAGACCCAUCUCGUCCAACAGGAGUUUAGUCUGAAAGCUCCAGAUAAAGAGCUGCGAAAAGAAUUGCUACGGAGCUUUAUUGACGAGUACAAUAUGGAUCUUGAAAAAGACGAGAUCUUGAAUGAAAUCGCCGUUGAAACAGAGGGAUAUCUGCCGUCAGACCUCAAAGUCCUUGCUGACAGGACUUUCCACGACUACAUAUCAUCGACACUCGACAACAACGACUUCCAUCUGCGAGCCUCGAACUUCGAGCGCGCAUUGGAGGGGUUCGUUCCGUCGUCUUUGCGUGGGGUGAAGUUGCAGAAGUCUGGCGUGGCCUGGUCCGACAUCGGCGGUCUCAAAGACGCCAAACGUGUGCUUCUGGAGACCCUAGAAUGGCCAACCAAGUAUGCCCCCAUUUUUGCAAACUGUCCCCUGCGUCUGCGUUCGGGAAUCCUGCUGUACGGGUACCCAGGAUGCGGAAAGACACUUCUGGCGUCUGCCGUGGCGUCGCAAUGCGGACUAAAUUUUAUCUCCAUCAAGGGCCCAGAAAUUUUAAACAAAUAUAUCGGUGCUUCCGAACAGAGCAUUAGGGAGCUAUUUGAUAGGGCGCAAAGCGCAAAGCCGUGCAUUUUGUUUUUCGACGAGUUCGACUCUAUUGCGCCGAAGAGGGGCCACGACUCGACAGGAGUUACCGACAGAGUGGUGAACCAGCUGCUGACGCAGAUGGAUGGAGCCGAGGGACUCGACGGCGUGUACGUGCUGGCCGCCACGUCUCGUCCGGACUUGAUUGAUUCCGCUUUGUUGAGGCCAGGACGGCUAGACAAGUCCAUUCUAUGCGACCUGCCCGACUACGAGAACCGCUUGGACAUAUUGCAAACCGUUGCUUCGAAAUUCCACGUGUCUGACGAAUGCCAGCUCGAACACUUUGCGCACAAACUAGAGGGCUAUUCUGGCGCAGAUCUACAGGCCUUUGUCUACAACGCGUAUCUGAAAGCUGUGCACGACAGUCUCGACGAGCUUGCAGACAUGAACGAGGGCACUACAGAACGCAAAAUUGAAUUUUUCAGCAUGCUCAAACACUUGCAACCAUCGGGCAACAUAGCCAGCAAAAUCGAUACCAUCUGUAAAAACCUGCAUAUUACGGACUUUAGCUCGUGGGAAGACGUGGGGCACGACUCUGGCGGAAAGCCAAACCAGAUCGUCAUCAACAACAGUCACUUCGAGAUUGCUCUAGAAGAAACCAAGAAGAGUAUCUCCAACGAGGAGCUGCGCAACUUUGCCCAGAUCUACUCCCAAUUCGUUGAUGGCAAGCGAGAGGGCAACCUGCCGGAUGGUCAAGCAAGCACAAAUAUUGGCGGCCGGACCACGCUCAUGUAA